AUGGACACCCAAGAUGCAUCCCCACGCAACAAUUGCCCUCUCCCAAAUGAGGUCUUACUGCUCAUAUUUUCCGAAUUCCUCAUCACGCCAAAUCCCGAUCCCCGCCGUGGUCCCUUUGGCAUCAUACGAUGGACCCUCGGAAGAUACAGAGAUUUGAGCAAUAUCUGCAAGGCCUCGAAGCAGCUCAAGGCUGUCGCCCAGCCUUUGCUGUACCGCUUCUUGCUCACCUUUCCUUAUCAUCGGGGCGUCGACAAGGCCCUUGGCUCGAUGAGUAACAAUCCUCAACUCGGCGAACUGGUCGAGGACUUUGAUCUGCGCUACACCCUCGACACGCUCAGGUGGGACAGCAGGCAUGGCGAGUGGUUCGGGAAGGCUCGUCCAUACCUCAAGCUACCGCCUGAGUUGGCAGAUGAGAUCGAGUCAGUGCUGUGUACUGUGUUGAAUCACUACACCAUGGAAGCCCGGGACGCCUUGACCGCCUUCUGGCUUUCUCUGAUGCCAAAUCUAAAGAAGCUAAGCUUGGACAUGAUGGACGAGACUGAGCUCACGUCUGCCCUCCUAAAGCAUGCCGUUGAGUCUACCGAAAAGACCUCGAUAGGCACCCGGCCACUUUCCUCCCUUCAGGAAGUCAAUUUCACCCAGGCUCCUUUCAAGAAGGAGAAAUCGAUUUACAUCACCGCUAUCGAGUCAUUAUUCAAGCUGCCCUCGCUGAAAACCCUACGAACAUCCAAUGUGCACUGGACCCAACCGGACAAUGGCGAGCCCUUUGUGUUACCUACAACUACCUGUUUGCUUGAACACCUCGACUCAAGGUCGUCGAAAAUGCCACUCGAGACUUUGAAGAGCGUCUUGAUGGCAUGCAAGGAGUUACGAACCUUGAAGCUUGGCGUCCGUCUGGAAAGCUAUCCUGGCGUCUUUCCCGUCUCCCAUGAUUUGGGUAAAAUUCUACGAGAACACGGCCAGAAUCUUGAGAGGGUCAGCCUUUCUUUCCACUUCACCUCAACAGACAGAGAAAACGGGGAAUGGUUGACUGGUGAGGAAUACAUGACCCGAAAAAUAGGCGACCUGCGAUGCCUGUCCAAGUUGAAACACUUUGGACUAAGCUUGCCUGCUUUUGGGGAGCACAUGUACCAAUGGAGGAGACCAAACGGCCCCUUCCCGCCAUUGACGGACCUCGCCGAGAUGCUGCCGCCUUCACUAGAAAGUCUCGUACUCCGUUGCGGAUUUUGCGAUAAACAAGCCCUAGUAGAGAAUCUCAACAGCUUGUUUGCCGCUAGGGAGAUGUUUCCUAAUCUCUGGUGCGUUGUGUUGUCCAGCGAAAUCAAGUUGGAGAGAGACUUGAUAGACCUUGGAUGGGCUUGGAAGACGGCGGAAAGGGGGGACGAGGGUUGGAAGUGGAAGACAAAGGAUGUCGGCUCGUAUGGGCUUUUGGUUAUGAAGAAGACGGGAGUUAAGCACAAGUUUGACAUGAAAAAGCUGGAUGAACUUUAA